GAAUCAGGAUAGAAAAAGAAGCUAUAUGUUUCUUAGCAGUGUAAAAGCUAACCGUUUCAAUACUUUUAUAACACUGCUUCACAGCUUCACAUAAUCUAAGCUGAUCAACAAUAGAUUUGUGGAAAGUUUCACCUCCCAAAUCUUGUUUACCAAAUUGGAGAAUCUAGAAAACAUAAUCACCCCUCUAGUGAGUCAAUAGUCAACAACAACCACAACUAAAUACAAAAGCAAAAGCUUCCUUUCAUACAAACAAACAAUAUAUAUGACUCAUUUUAAAUGAGUAAUCUCCAUAUCCACUUUCAUUUCAUGUAUAGAUAGAUUAGAAGGUUUAGUCCUUUCCCAUUACAAUGAAACAGCAAACAAGUCUGGUUCUCUUUUGUCUACUCAACUCCAUAACUGUUGUCAUUUCCGGUGAGAGUUUUUUGGUUAUCAAUCGAAGGCAUACCCGGCAUCGUAAUUUGAAGUUGUUUGUGUUUGGAGACUCCUAUGCCGAUACUGGAAACUGGCCAAAAUCAUAUGGUGGUUCAUGGCAGGAACCAUAUGGUAUUACUUUCCCUGGUAGUCCUUCUGGUAGAUUUUCUGAUGGCCGUGUGCUCACUGAUUACAUAGCUGGAGUAUUGGGUACAAAAUCUCCAAUAACAUAUGGAGGUUGGAAAUCUGGUGAGAAAAAAUCAAUCAAGUAUGGGAUGAAUUUUGCAUAUGGAGGGACAGGUGUCUUCGAUACAUUUGUGAAUCAACCAAACAUGACCACCCAAAUUGACUAUUUUCAACAGUUUGUUAAACAGAAACAAGACUUGCUAAUAAAUUCAUCCUCAAUUGCAAUUCUGUCCUUGGCAGGCAAUGACUAUGCAACUUAUUUUACAUCAAAUCACACCCUUCAGGAAUUACCCGGAUUAACAAGAUCGAUAAUUGAUCAACUAGUUUCUAAUGUCAAACGUAUACAUGAGUUGGGAGUACAAAAGAUUGCAAUCACUGGGAUGGAACCGCUUGGGUGCUUGCCCCAGUUCACGGCUUCUACAUCUUAUCAGAACUGUAGUGGCACUGAGAAUUCUGUAGCUGAGUUCCAUAACCAAGUUUUAGCUGAAAGUAUUAGAAAUCUGAACAACCAGACUGGUGACAAAUCUCUCUUUGUGAUCUUAGAUCUCUACAAAGCUUUCUCAUCAGCUCUAAACCUACACCAGAAUCUUUCUGCUGGUAAAUCGACAUUGAAGACUUUGUUAGAGCCAUGCUGCCAAGGUGUUUCCAAAGGAUACUCAUGUGGUAACAUUGAAGAGGGUACAAAGAUAAUGCGAUAUACUGUUUGCGAUAAUCCUAACGGCUCGUUUUUUUGGGACAUGAUACACCCUUCACAACAAGGUUGGCGCGCGGUUUCGUUACAUUUACGAUCUUCUCUUCUUGGGCUUCUUUAAGGUGGGAUUUCAAUCCAUCUUUUUCUUAAUAUCUUCUAUAUUUGCCAUGUAUAGUGAGCCCUUUACGUAAAGAUUGUAAGCUAUCUAUCUUAUGUUCAUCAUAUGUAUUGGCAUUGAAGCACACUGAAACUUAUGUGUUUUGAUGACCCCCACAAGUGUUUACUGCUGCUGCCAACACCGGCUCCUAUACCACUA